AUGGAACCUGGCUCAGCAGAGACAACUAACCCCCAGUCUCCGCCGGCACCGACGUCGGAGGAGCAACUCUACGCUGCAGUUCUAAGCCAUGAUGCUACAGUGCGUCGUCACGAGGCUCUCUUGUCCCACCAGCAGGGGGUUCUGCAGAACCUCCAACAGUCCCUUGUGGAUCUACUUGCUCGUCUGCCGGACGCAAGGACACAGGGUCUACCAUCUCUUCCAUCUACUCCACUGACUCCAGCAGUUCAGCAGUCCAGCUCCAUGGGUGCCCGCGGUCCGCUUCCGUCUGAACCACGGCUCCCUGCUCCCGAGAGGUAUGAGGGUAACCACAAGGACUGCCGGGCGUUCCUAGCCCAAUGCUCUCUCACCUUUGAGCUUCAACCUUCCUACUUCCCUUCAGAGCGCUCUCGUAUCGCCUACAUCAUCACUCUCCUGACUGGAAAGGCCCGGUCAUGGGCUACAGCCGUCUGGGAACAGCAGGGCCCUUCCUGUAAUGGCUACAGGGCCUUUACCGAUGAGAUGCGCCGGGUUUUCGACCAUCCAGUAGGAGGUAAAGACGCUGGUAACAGACUGAUCCAGCUGCGUCAAGGCGGCUCUAGUGUGGCAGAGUAUGCUGUUCUCUUCCGAACCCUGGCUCCUGUGAGUGGGUGGAAUGAGGGGGCCCUGAUGACAGCGUUCCGGCAUGGCCUCUGUGGCGGAAUCAAGGAUGAGCUGGCAGCUAAAGAUCCGUUGUCAGACCUGGAGUCCCUAAUUGACCGAGACUAUCCCUUGCGGGAAAAGCCCAGCCCCGUCCAGGAGAGGGAGAACUGUGACUGGUGCGACUCUUACUCCCUCAGCCUCGACUUCGUGCCUGCAGCUCCCGGGUCCCUUCACCUGCCCAUCUCCAGGCUGGACCAUCCACUCUCAGUGACCGCCUUGGAUGGUAGGCCCUUGGGACAAGAGCUGUGCCUCCAGCCCCUAAGCUUCCUAGCUCUCUCGAGUUGUCCCCGAGUCCCCUCAGAGUACCACGACCUAGCUGAGGUAUUUAGCAAGAGGAGGGCCACUUCCCUGCCCCCUCAUAGGCCCUUUGACUGUGCCAUUGAUCUCCUUCCAGGCUCUUUCCCUACACGAGGUAGGAUCUUCUCCCUGUCACCCGCUGAGACCCAAGCUAUGGAGGAUUAUAUCAAGGACUCCCUGACUGCUGGGAUCAUUCGCCCCUCGUCCUCCCCUGCUGGUGCCGGAUUCUUUUUUGUUGGGAAGAAGGACGGCGGCCUCAGGCCAUGCAUAGAUUACAGGGGGUUAAACAAGAUCACGGUGAGGAACCGUUACCCCUUGCCUUUAAUGACCACUGCUUUUGAACUCCUCCAAGGGGCAACCGUCUUCACCAAAUUGGACCUCCGUAACGCCUACCAUUUGGUCCGGGUCAGGGAGGGUGACGAGUGGAAGACGGCGUUCAACACACCAACGGGCCACUACGAGUACUUAGUGAUGCCGUUUGGCUUAACCAACGCCCCGGCAGUGUUCCAGGCACUCAUCAACGAGGUGUCCUUUUUGGGCUUCAUCCUGUCCAAAGGGAGUCUCAUCACGGACCCCAAGAAGACUCAAGUUAUCCGGGAUUGGCCCCAACCCUCUUCGGUCAAGGAGUGGUCUCCAGUGGCAGAGCGGGCCUUCCAGGAUCUGAAGGUGAGAUUUUCCUCCGCCCCAUCCUUACCUUACCCGACCUCUCCCUCCCCUUCAUGGUUGAGGUGGACGCCUCGGAUGUGGCAGUGGGGGCUGUGCUCUCCCAGCGUCCGGCUGAUGGCAAACUCCGUCCGUGUGCCUUCUUCUCUGCUCGCCUUUCGCCUGCUGAGAGGAACUAUGAUGUUGGAGAUCGUGAGCUCCUGGCUAUCAAGAUGGCCUUGGAGGAGUGGCGCCACUGGCUGGAGGGGGCCCAACACCCUUUUGCUGUUUGGACUGACCACAAAAACCUGGAGUACAUUCAGAGGGCCAAAUGUCUCAACCCCAGGCAGGCAAGAUGGGCUCUUUUUUUUAAUAGAUUUGAUUUUGUUUUGUCCUUCCGCCCCAGUUCGAAGAACCAGAAGCCUGAUGCACUCUCUAGACUGUUUCACAGGUCAGAUGGUGAGAGUUCCAGUACCAUCCUCCCGAGCUCGAGGAUUGUGGCUCCUGUCCGAUGGGGAGUCGAGUCACUGGUUCGCCAGGCCCAGAAGAGGGAGCCAGACCCCGGGAAUGGACCCUCCAACCGGGUAUUUGUCCCAACUGUGGUGCGAUCCCAAGUUCUGCAGUGGGGGCACUCUUCACGGCUUACCAGCCACCCGGGAGCACGCAGGACUCUGGAGUUUGUUAGAGGCGGUUCUGGUAGCCUGGCAUGAAUGCGGAUGCCUUCCCCCCUCUCAGGGAAACACAGUCAUGUUGGUUAUUGUCGACUGCUUUUCCAAGGCGUGUCGGGUCGUUCCCCUGCCCAAACUCCCUUCGGCACUAGAGACCGCCGAGGCUUUGUGCCAGAAUGUCUUCAGAAUUGUUGAUGGUGGCCCUGCUUAUUCAAACCACCGCCUAAUGGAUUCUCGCCGGGUGGGGAGGGGCCUUCAAUACCUGGUGGACUGGGAGGGCUAUGGUCCUGAGGAGCGGUCCUGGGUCCCGUCUCGGCAUGUUCUCGAUCCGGGCCUCAUCGAGGCCUUCCACCAGAGCCACCCUGAUCGCCCGUGUGGGAACGUCAGGAGACGUUCAUAG